AUGAUACAAGCCCUAGAAGAGAAGGAGAGCAAGCGCGGCCAAUCAGACGACGUUGGUGAUCUCAUCGCUGGGCUGCCACUGGCUGCCUGCGAUCCUCCGCCCCGUCGACACGAGUGCGGGCCAGCCCUGCACCAUGCGCAUUGCCACGUCGUACAAGGCAUCGACGUUGUCGACGCCGUCUGUGGCGGGGAUGUCGAGCAGGUGUGCGAUGGGCUGCCGUCCCAGCUUGGUGUAGUGGCACACGACGAAUUUGAAAAAGCUGGAGGGCAGGAAACUGGCCUCGGAGAAGUCGACGACGGCGACGCGGCGCUGGUGGUCGAUGAUAAAGUUGCCGUGCCACAUGUCGCCGUAGCAGAAGACCAUGGGCUCGAGGGCCAGGUGACAGACUCGGCGGGUUUUCUUGGUCACGGUGAGGAACUACGGGCGGGAUACUUAGUAUCUACAGGGCAGACGACGCGGUCGACGGCGGGCCACACGUACCAGGUUCAGGUGGUCCUCGAGCUGCUGGACAUUCUCGUAGUGGCGCGGGGCUUCUUCUUCGUCAAAGAGCGGAUGGCGGAUCAGGCCGUUGCUGAUGGCGCACGGGCGGUGCGCGGGAGGGACGGGGAUGCGGACGAGUUCAUUGAGGGCCAGGGCCACCUGGGCGUAGACGGCGUCGGGGUCAUGGGUGGCGUGAAGCAGCUCGCCGGCGGUCUUGCCUGGAAUGUAUUCCAUGACGAUGUACGAGCAAUAGUUGAUGGCGCAGGCGUAGAAGAUGGCGGGAGCUCGGACGGGGGAGUUGCGGCGGCGCAGCUCUCGAUGGACGAGGACCUGGGCAGGCACUUCGGGCCAGAUGACAGAGCCGCCGUACUUGAUCCAGAGCACGGGGCGGUCGCGAGGGAGGGCGAGCCCCAUGGGGAAGUGGCGCGGGUGCUCUUCGGUGCAAAGAGUGAGGAGUUCGCUGGCGGUGGGGAUGUGCACGCCGGGCGGGGGGUCGAGGCCCCAGUACUCCUGUUGGAGGGACAUGAGAUGGAUGUUACGGAGUAG